AUGAAUGAUGCCCUGGACCAAUACGAAGAGUCCAAGGGAACUUUGUUCGAGGAUUGCUUCCUUUUCGAAGAAGACCAUCCUGAUGUGCAAGCUGAGUUGUCGCGCCGACAGAAGGUUCGGGAAAAUCGGGAGUCUAAGAAGACCCAAGCUGAAGAGAAUAUGGAUGAUACGGAGCCAUCAAGUCCUAAGAGCGGAGAGAAGUGGAAAGCCCUCCACAUGAACCUUGCUGCUUCCAGAACCAAACUCAGUUUAUGCUUACCAUAG